UUCACUGCCGCAAAGCCAUUCUUGAGAAGUUUACAAAGAGACCAACAUGAGCUGAGCGGUGCGGCGGAGAGACGCGGCGCAGCUUCGCGUUGGAAACUUGGGAGCAAAAUGUGCCUUUUAAGACUUGGAAUAUCAGAUUUCCAACAAGGAUUACAUUUAGCAGGACGUUGUGAUUUUAUCGGAUCAAACAAAUGGAUUACUUUAAAUAUUUCAAACACUACAGCAGCAACUCCGAUAUAGUGAAGUGAGGAGCGACGCUGAGGUGAUUUAACGUACGAAAGUGACACGACGCCCGAACUCAAAGCAGUGGAAUUACAUUUGUCAGGGUAAUUUUAAAACUUUAUCUUAUUGGUAAACAUUGCACUUUUCCUCAUCCCUUGUGUCUGGUCGGAAAUAUUAACUAUUAUUUUCCCAAAUGAGAUGUAAGUUCGCGCCGUCCGAGUUUGCCGUGUCUUGAUGGGGAGCACGAGACGCACCACAGAGAAACUUACAGAGAAAAACAUGCCGUCUUUUCAUCCAUGGAGACAUGGCAUAUAGGUUCCUGUCCAGCCGAGUCGUGCCAUCUUCAAACAGGCUAAGCAGAAGAUUUAUUUUUAUAUUCACGAUCUCGUUGUCUUUCACGUAUCUAUGCUACAGCAUCCUCUUCUGUUCCGGUACAAUCAUGACUAACCAGAGAUUGGAGGAGCAUCGCUGCGUCCAUCUGAAAACCAUAGGGAGUAAAAAACUUCUACAGAAGUCACAUUAUUGCACUAUCACUGCAAAGACGAGAGUUAUAUCGGAGGGGGCUGCGGGUCUCGUGGCAAAUCUUACUGGAAACCAAAGCAAACACCAGAAAACACAGAUAGAUCACAAGCAAGUUAACAAUACUAAUUCGCCAAAAUACGGGAACAAGAAGUUACCCAAUGCGCUUAUAGUGGGCGUUAAGAAAGGAGGCACGCGUGCGGUUCUGGAGUUCAUCCGAAUCCAUCCAGAUGUUCGAGCACUCGGGACUGAGCCACAUUUUUUUGAUAGGAACUAUGACAAAGGCUUGGACUGGUACAGAAGCCUUAUGCCACGGACUCUGGAUAGCCAGAUCACCAUAGAGAAAACCCCAAGUUACUUUGUGACCCGGGAGACACCGCGGCGCAUUUCAAACAUGUCCCGCGAAACAAAGCUGAUCGUAGUGGUACGAAACCCUGUAACCCGAGCCAUCUCCGACUACACACAGACAUUGUCCAAGAAGCCCGACAUCCCAUCGUUUGAGGAUCUAGCUUUCAAGAACAGGAGCGAAGGGAUCGUGGACACCUCCUGGAAUGCCAUCCGCAUAGGGAUGUAUAUCCUACACCUGGAGAACUGGCUGCAGUAUUUUCGCCUCUCCCAGAUCCAUUUCGUCAGCGGGGAGCGGCUCAUCACCGAUCCGGCCGGAGAGCUGGGCCGCGUGCAGGACUUUUUGGGACUCAAACGCAUCAUCACGGACAAGCACUUCUACUUCAACCGAACGAAAGGCUUUCCGUGCCUGAAGAAGCCGGAGAGCAGCAGCCAGCCCCGAUGCUUGGGCAAGUCUAAGGGCAGAACUCACGUACAGAUUGACCAGGAAGUCAUUGAGCAGCUUAGAGAAUUUUAUAGGCCAUUCAAUGUAAAAUUUUAUGAAAUGGUGGGUCAUGACUUCCGAUGGGAUUGAGGGAAAAGAACCUUGGUGAAAGCAGGCUCCACUUUCUGCUCUCGAGCGAGUCAGCAAAUUAAAUGAGUUUGUCUAUUGUGAGCGGGACAAAGGAAGAAACAGAAAACCUCAAACUAAUUAAGCCCCGAUGCUCUUAAAGUAUUAAAAAGUCUCACAAGCUUAUGAAAUGAUCAAAUAUGCUCCAAUAGAAAAGUUGUAUGUAAUGUAUGAGACUUUGCCUACCACACGAAAUGCUUUAAUACAUUUAGAAGUCGCGCAAGGUCAUUAAAUCAACCAAGGAUCUCACGAAGUGUUUGGUAUGCGCAGCGUCCCUUUCAUUCAUUGUCCUCCUGUUUCUAUUUUAAACACUCAUCCAAGUCAAUCAUCUUGAUAUGAAACUGAAACCCGUAAAGCAUACAAAAGCUGCUGAGGUGUGUCAUUGCUUUUAUCUCAUAAAAUGUAACACAGGAAAACAAAUUAAACAAAACCUGAACCACA